AUGUCGACCGCCGUUGCGCCUGCCACCGCUGCUCCUCUGGCAUCUUCUCUUGGAGAUAGGCCUGCAAGUCCCAAGGCCUAUCCUACCUUGGCUCCUUCGAACUCAUCCGCCGCUUCGGCCUCGACGCCCUCUCGAUUGACGUCGGGAUCUCAUGACGGCGCUGGAGGGAAAUCAACCCCGGAAGGGAAGAAGACGUCUCCCUCCAGUGUCGCCCACCAGAUCGUCAUCAAGAAAGAACCACCCUCAUCGCCCAGCAUGAGCUCCCAACCCCGGCCACGGCCUCGCAAACUAGACCUUUCCGCAAGCACAUUAUCCGUCCGUGGCCCAGCUGGUCCUAUGACCGCCCGAGAAGGACGGGGCAUGCAAGAAGUUGGGCUGGCCUGUUUGUCGCCGGGGUUCCAAACCGACGACCCCGUCCGACAAGAGCAACUGCAACGAAGCAUGACAGUGCGCGAACAGCAGCGAUCGAUAAUCGAGUCGAGACUGCAAAAGUCUGCCAAAGGCGAUGGUCCUGAUUUCAAAGGCCCUGAUUCAAAUCCUUUUGGUUCACUACGUAGCAAGAAACGACCACCCCCUGGCCUUUCCAUCGUUCCGCCUUCUGCUUCUCAAUUCGCAAAUGAACGAGUCGUUCAGUCUGCUCCUCUGCACCAGACUUUCACAGGUCGCCAUGAUCCUCCACCGCUGACCCGCCAUGUGCUCAACCAGACAGGAAAUCUUCCAUCUCCCUCUCACAUUCAUCAUAUGCCGGCAAUGCAAACCAAUAACCGCCUGCCACCGAUCUCGGAUGUGUUUGGAUCGGACCUGUCGUCGAGGGAAAGAGAAAGGGACCGCAGCGGCCAUUUACCUGGUGUGGGAACGAGCAAUUCACAGUCUUCAAAUAUCCCACCAUUUUCGUCUUCUCCUGGCAAUACUUCGCAGCAACGAUCUCGGGAGUAUCGAUCGGCUGAGGAGGCUGUACAUGAACUUUCGGGAGGUCGAGAGGAACUUAUACCCCGGAUUGUACAUUAUAAUGGUCAGCCGGCCACUCCACCUUCACCCUACACAAACGGAAACCUGGGUGCUGCGUCGAGCACGCAGUCCCACAUCCCUGCUCCCUCGCAGGGCACAUCUCGGCGUCGCACAAGAAACGAAUACGAACAAGACAAUGGAAGUCCUCCACUGGGUACAGGCCCUGACCCAAGAUACCGAAAUGGGCCCGCUCCGGCCGUGCCCUCGUUUGGACCGUUUGGAGCCGGCCGCGACUCUCCAGAGACGCAAAAGAGGAAGAAGGAAGAAUUCCUGCAACUUUGUGACCGAGCCUGGGACCUUUUCCACUCAUAG